AUGGAGCAAACAGCAGUCGGCUUUGCCUCCGAAGUCCGCGACGACGCCCCCGGGGUAGCAAUCCCGUCAUCAAGUGACAAACCACCUCGUGGUGACUGUUUAGCAGGCUUUGGUGCUGUAUUUGAUACCUGGGGCGAAUUAUUUUCCUCUCUAAGUGCGUUUGGUGACUCUACUUAUCAGUUAUUUCGCAAGCGUACAUCGACUUCUGUCAAGCUUCGAAAUUCCCAGAUAGAGAAGCGCUGGAAUGCAGCCAAAACACACCGUGCCGAGGUGAUGCGGCUCCUCCCAGAUACGUUUGAGUACUACAGCGUAACUAUGCAGUGUACCCACGGCUUCCAACUGUCACGGAGUUCAAGACCGAAGCUGCCGUCGAGGCGCGCUGCCGUCACGCGUGGACAAUGGCGCCGGACGAGCAGCAUGUUGACGUACAUGAAGAGUGGCGGCUACAAAGUGUGUGUUUCGCGUGAAGGACUUCAACACAACCACGCCGUCGGCGAACAAAUCUACAAGCACUACCCCGAAAGUCGGCGUCUCACCCACGCUGCUCUCCUUGAUAAGGUUGACAGCAUGGCUCGCAGUGGUGCAAAGGCUCGAGGCAUUCAGAUUUAUCUGAGAGAGUUCACUGACAAUCAUCCGAGUAUCAAAGACAUUCACAAUUUGCUCGCUCGACUGAAAAAGAACCGACGGCAAGCCGGAAGCGACUCUGAACGGGCUGAACGGGCACUGCAAGAGCUAUGUUCAACUGACCCUGGUGCUGUAGCCACUUGCUAUCUCGAUUCUGACAAAGUCGCACAAACCAUUGUGUUCCAGACGAGAAAAAUGCGUCGUCUCUUUUCCGCCUUUCCGGAGGUACUGACGAUCGACACCAACAAAAAUCGCUACAAGUUGUUCAGCUUUGUGAUUCGUGAUAUCCACGGAAAGGUACUUAUCAUGCCAUUGCUACCGCCUUGUAUGAUACAAUUGCUUACUGUAUUUGUAAAUAUCUAG